AUGCGAACAAAGUUUGGUACAUUGUUCUACAGGACCUACAGAAGAAGUUCAGUUGGGCCCAAAUUCAAGAGUUUGGCAGAAAUCAAGCAAUACGUUGCAACGCCGCAAUGGUCGAUAGGUGAAUUCAUGGAACAGGAUAAAAAUGUGCAAGAACUGCCUUCUUUAGAGAUGGUGGAACGGCUUUUGAAGCUUUCUGGUUUGCCUUUGCAAGACGCGGAAUCGCUGCGCUCGAAGCUUGGACAUCAAUUAAUGUUUUUGAACAAACUGCUAACGCUGGACGUUAAGGAAGAUACCGAUCCCAAGAACGCUAGAAUACUGCCGCGAUAUUCGAGAUCAUUGGAGUUUGAAGACUUGGACAAUGCGGUCAAAACUCAGGUUCAGGAUCAAACUCUAGGGGAGAAAAGUGGAUCUUGGGAAAGCGUCAAGCUGGCUCACGAAAACCGCGAUGGAUUUUAUGUCUUGCGCGAAACAUUGAUGAAAAGAAAAUAA